UGAUUCCACUUUAUUAAUACCUUCUGCGCAAAGUUAUAAUUUUAUUGCUUAUUUAAUUUCUUGAUCAUUUAGAAUCGCAUUUCUUGUCAAACAACUUAGUACAGAAAGAAAUAUCUACGAUUUUGUACGAUCUGAGGACUUGUUAUUGUAUACAAAAGUAUGUCGUGGUUUUCGCGAAAUAGGAGGCCAAGGAGAGAUGAGGAAAUUAUGUUUGACGACUCAUUUUCCCGCCGUGUUUUCAUCAGUAAGGUUCUUAUGAUAGUGGCCAUCAAUUUAGUUUUCACCGUAUUGGUAAUGACAUUUUGUAUUUUCCAUAUGGGAGCCAGGAGGUUCCUAUUAAGACACUGGUAUAUAGGGCUUAUUGCCAUAGCUGUCAAUAUGACAAUGUCCAUUAUGAUGUGCUUUUGCAUCAACCUUUUUCGGAAGUCCCCCUCUAAAUACAUAUUGUUGGUAAUAUAUGUGAUUGCACAUGCGGCAUUGGUGGCCUGUUUUGCGGUCCGAUAUCAUCCGAAAUUGGUUUUUAUAGCUGUGGCUGUUUGUUCCGUCAUCGUGAUAUUACUUGGGCUUUUUGCCAGAUUUGCCCCAUGCGACUUCACCGGAUGCUGUGUCUUCGUUUUUGUGCUCUGCCUAGUAGUAAUAAUAAUGGGCAUAUUUUCCUUAUUUUUCCCUAUCUUACGCAUAGUAUAUGUAUCUCUGGGCGUACUCCUAUUUUCCAUAUUUAUUGUGAUUGAUCUUCAAAUGAUUAUUGGCGGCAAGACACACAAAAAUGAGUUUGACCAGUCGGAUUUUAUAUUAGCUGCCAUGUUCCUUUACAGUGACAUUAUAUUCCUCUUUUUAUAUCUGCUGGAGCUUAUUGGCUUAGUAGAUUCAUAAAAUAUAUUAAUACAGACUCAUCUAUCUAAAUUAAUAUUGUAAUUUACAAUUUUUAUAGUACUGAGUGUAAAGGUUUUUAUAAAAUAUUAAAUAAGCUGAUACAACAUUUAUUCAUGAUUUGUAGAUUUUCUUUGGAGCCUCAUAUUUUAUUCGUAUUCCUGCUAGUUCUUAUUGGCUUAGAAGAUUAAUAAAUAUAUGAAUUAUAUAUAUAUAUAUAUAUAUACAAAGCACUUAAGUUUCCUUGAGUUUGUCGUCACUCUAAACUCAAAAAUAUUUGGAAAAAUAAAUUUUUACAACUAAGGAAGCUCUAUAGUGGCAGAAAUGUGUUGCUUUUUUAAUAUAGCCUGUUGCACUCGACCGCGGCAGGAGAAUCCCUUUGCUAAUCCUCGUGUUAAGCGCAGAUUUAUCUGGAGAGUAUUGCUCUUAUUGGACGUAAGUUUCAAUUGCAUGGAUCUAAAUUCCAGACAAUUAUCCUGGGACCUUUAUUCAGGUAUCCCUAAUAGUGAGUCUCCUGCCAUUGGUCCUGUUCUGGAGCUAUCCUUCAUUGAACUUGUAUAUCAUAGAAGUAGAGUUUUUCUUAGCCAUUCCCGCCUUGCUGGCAUUCAUAAUAGUUCAAGCAAUCUUGUGCUUUGCAAUUAAGAUUUUCCGGCACAAGAUCGUCAGGAUUUCUUUCUUCAUAGUCUGGAUUAUAGUCCAUUCCAUCUUGAUUUCCGCGUCGGCCAUCUGGUAUCAUCCGUUGACGGUAAGGCCUUGGCUUGCUUUAAUUUAAUUGCAUUUAUUCCUAUAUCUAAAAUUAUACUAUUUAUACAACUAGGUUUUGGUACCUUGUGGAACUCUGGCCUUUGUGAUCAUGGCCAUGGUUGUGUAUUCUAAGUUCGCUCCGUGGCAAAUCGGUCACAAGAUUCCUGUGGCUUACCUCUUUGCCGUCGGAUUGGUUAUGAUCAUUCACGCUAUCCUCUUUUUUUGUUUUCAGGAAUUUUUACUUUACGUUCUGUUGAACUUCGUACUCGUGCUCGUUUUGAUCGUUGUGGUCCUGGUGGAUAUUGAACUAAUAGUUCGCGAUAAAACGCGUCACAAGUUUGGCAAGCAUGAAUACAUUCUGGCUUCCAUGAUCGUUUUCCGUGACGUCAUAUGGAUAGUUAUCAUUAUAAUAAUAGUUUUGACGGCAUCGCGGCGCUGUAAUUGCCUUUCUGGUGGUGAUACUGGUGACAAUAGUACUGUGGAAAGUACCAGCAAAAGUAGUACUGUCGUAUCGUCUAGUAGCGACUUUUCAUCUUAAAAUUGAUCUUGCAAGUUUAAAUUUUCAUAAUCCUGAGUGCGAUUUCGGAGUUUUAUAGAAAAUAUAUAUCUUUUUUAAGUCAA